GACGCCGAGAGGAGGAAGAAGGCCGAGAAGGAUGUGGCCAAGAAGGCCGAGACGGCCAAGAAGUUGCAUGGCGCGGAGGCGGCGUUCCUCGCCUCGAUCGCCGAGCUCGCGCAGGAGGAGCAGGGGAAGAAGAUGGAGGCCCGCGCGCUCGAGCUGCAGACCGACGAGGCGAAGAAGGCCAUGGAGAAGGCGUUCCGGGAUGCCCAGCAGAAGGCCGCGGGGUUCGGCCUGACGUGCGAGGUGCAGGUGCCGCAGGUCGUGGACGCGCUCCUCAAGCGGGACUUUCCCAAGGAGACGGCCGACCACCUCAUGGCCGGGGCUGGCGAGGUCCUCGACAGGGUGAACGUCUUCAAGCGCGCGGUGCUGACCCAGCAGCCUAAGGGGAAGCCGGCGAUCAAGAUGUGCCAGGAUGCGGAGGAGCACGUGAAGACGGAGCUCGGUAAGCUUGUCGAGUCGUGGUCGAGCUUCGAGCGGCGCCUGCUCUGGAACGACAUGAAGAAGGUAGCCAACGCAGGCGAGGCGGCGGGGCCGCAUGUCAAGGCCUGA